GCAUGUAGCCGCAGCAUUUUGUCUCAUAUAAACAAAAACAACUAUCCUGUUUUAAUUUGAACUAUUUUAACCGCUUCGUACGUGUUCAGUUUUUUUUAAACAAGCUUACCGAUUAACGGAGAUGGGAGUCCCGGCGUUUUUCCGCUGGUUGAGCCGUAAAUACGCUUCAAUCAUUGUUCACUGUGUGGAGGAGAAGGGAAAAGAGUGUAAUGGAGUCCGUAUCCCCGUCGAUACGACCAAACCAAACCCCAACGAGGUGGAGUUCGACAACCUGUACCUGGACAUGAACGGCAUCAUUCACCCCUGUACUCAUCCAGAAGACAAGCCGGCUCCUAAAAAUGAAGACGAGAUGAUGGUCGCCAUCUUUGAGUACAUCGACCGCCUCUUCAACAUCGUGCGGCCGAGGAGAGUUCUCUACAUGGCCAUCGAUGGAGUGGCUCCUCGGGCUAAAAUGAACCAGCAGCGCUCUCGACGUUUCCGAGCCUCCAAAGAAGGAGUCGAGCUGGCGGAGGAGAAGCAUCGCAUGAGGGAGGAGAUCAUCGGGAGAGGAGGUUAUCUUCCACCUGAGGAGAUUAAGGAGAGGUUUGACAGCAACUGUAUCACUCCAGGGACAGAGUUCAUGGACAACUUGGCUCACUGCCUUCGAUAUUACGUUGCAGACAGACUCAGUAACGACCCGGGAUGGAAGAACGUCACCGUUUUCUUGUCCGACGCCAGCGUUCCAGGUGAAGGAGAACACAAGAUUAUGGAUUACAUCCGGAGACAGAGAGCUCAGCCCAACCAUGACCCCAACACGCACCACUGCCUCUGUGGAGCUGAUGCUGAUCUGAUCAUGCUCGGCCUGGCGACGCACGAGCCCAACUUCACCAUCAUCAGAGAGGAGUUCAAACCCAACAAACCUCGACCCUGCGCACUCUGCAGUCAGAUGGGUCACGACAUCAAAGACUGUCAGGGGACGGCCAGAGAGAAGCAGGGAGAGCACGAUGAAUUUGCCGACACGAUUCCAGUUUCUGAGCAGGAGUUCAUAUUCAUCAGACUCUGCGUGCUGCGAGAGUAUCUUGCCAGAGAGCUGACAAUGGCCAGCCUCCCGUUUCCCUUUGACUUUGAGAGGAGCAUCGACGACUGGGUCUUCAUGUGCUUCUUUGUUGGAAACGACUUCCUGCCACAUCUGCCGUCCUUAGAAAUCAGAGAGGGAGCGAUCGAUCGACUGGUCAACAUCUACAAAGACGUUGUGCACAAAACCGGAGGUUACCUGACGGAGAACGGCUACGUGGAGCUGGAAAGAGUGGAGAUGAUCAUGCAGGCGGUGGGCGUUGCCGAGGACAACAUCUUCAAAAAACGCAAAGAAGACGAUGAAGGUUUCAAGAGAAGAAUGAAAGAGAAAAAAAAGAGGAUGAAGGCGGAGCAGCAACGCCCAGCUUACCUCACCUCGGGCCAGUUCGCCCCUCACGCUCUGGGGAGACGAGGCGGCCCCGAACCCGUCCAGAACGCUCGGCACCAGGCCUUCGACAUGAGGAUGCAACAGAACAAGGAUGCCGCUCAGUCUCUGAGAGCCACGAUGCGAAACGGAGGCAACUCAUCUGAAGGGUCCAGCGAAGGCACAGACGGCAGGGGAGUGAAGAGGAAAGCCGAGGACAGCGACGACGAGCCCGAGCCUGAAGACAACGUCAGGUUGUGGGAGGAAGGCUGGAAGCAGAGAUACUACAAGACCAAGUUUGACGUUGACGUGAGUGACGAGGAUUUCAGGCGGAAGGUGGUUCGGUCGUACGUUGAGGGUCUCUGCUGGGUGCUGCGCUACUACUACCAGGGCUGCGCUUCCUGGAAGUGGUACUUCCCGUUUCACUACGCUCCGUUCGCCUCCGACUUCAAAGACAUCAAAGGAUUGUUCACAGACUUCGAGAAGGGGACCAAACCGUUCAAGCCCUUGGAACAGCUGAUGGGAGUAUUUCCUGCUGCUAGCGGCAACUUCCUGCCCCAAACAUGGCGGAACCUCAUGAGCAGUCCGGAUUCUUCCAUCAUCGACUUCUACCCCGACGACUUUGCCAUCGAUCUCAACGGCAAGAAAUACGCCUGGCAGGGUGUUGCCUUGUUGCCGUUUGUGGAUGAACGUCGGCUGAGAGCGGCUCUGACUGAUGUUUACCCCGACCUCACACCUGAGGAAGUGAAAAGAAACAGCCUGGGAAACGACGUCAUGUUCGUGGGGAAGUCUCACCUGCUGUUCGACUUCAUCCAAGAACUCUACCGUGGCGAAACUAGCGAGGGCACAGAGAUCCCCGCUGAGCUCUGCCACGGGAUCCAAGGUAUAUUAAAUCUUGAUGACGACCCUAUUCUACCAGAUAAGCCGGUGAAGUCGCCCAUCCCGAUGCUUCGUGAUAUUGCACAGAACAAUUCCAUCGGAGUGUGGUUCAAGGAUCCUGAGUUUGCUCAAGAUUUUGUGUUCAAGGCGGUUCUUCUUGCUGGUGCCAAGAUGCCCAACAAAGUCCUGAAACCUGGAGACUGGGAGAGAGGGAACAGGGAACCAUGGAGACCUCAGCUGGGCUUCAACCCCAACAGACAGCAGGCUCACCUGGGCCAGUCCGGCUUCAGGGCUCUGGGUCACAGUAUGAACAGGAACCAACGUGGCGGAGGUCAGUACAGCAACGCUCCACCGCCAGGAAACUACAGCCAAGGAAACUACCGUCCUCAACACAGCGGUGGCCACCAGCCCUACCCCCACCCGGGGGAGUCUCUGCUGCAAAGUAACGGUUUCAUCCAGCAGCCGCAGCAGCAGCAGCAGCAGCAGCAGCAGCAGCAGCAGUACGGCCGAGGAGGAGGGGGGGGUCACGGCUGGGAUCGGGCCGCGCAGUCGCAGCAGUCGGCCUAUCAGCACAACAUGAGCCGUGGUGGACAGGGAGGGGCGGGGGGGCAGGGGGGCAGCUACCAGCAGCGCUACGACCAGCGUAGAGACGAGUGGCAGGACCGCAGGGACGACAGGGGGCAACAGCCGCAGCAGGGUUAUAACGCGGGCAGAGGAUACCCUCCUCCUCCCCCCUCCAGAAGAUACAACUACUGAACUCACCCUGUUGGACUUUAGGAG